AUGAGGGAUUAUGAGGGUGAAAGGCAAUUAUCCUGGUCGUUUCAAAUAUCUACAAUAGCUGAAAAACUUUGUAAAGAAAUAGUUGACCCAGCCUUGAAAUCAUCAUCAAAAACGCCUGCAGAAAAAUCAAGGCAUAUAACACAACAGACCACAAGCAAUAGGCAGGACGGAAGGUCAACAAGAUCUAUUGUCAUUGAGAAAAAGAAAGAAAUCAAUAAACUUAUACCACGAAAUAACACAAGUGCAAUUGUAGGUAAUAAAUUCAAAUCCAAGGAGACCAUUUUAAAAAAGAACUUUGUUGAUAUUGCAUGCAAUACAUUAGUUACAGGGCCUCUGCGAUGUGAUAUAGACUGUGUAACGAUGGUUCGAAAACGAGAUAAUCACUGCACUUGCAAAUGUGCACAUAAACGUGUUAAUUCUAAAGCGAGCGUAAAACAAGUACAGACUUACGAUAUAAGAAACUACGGAUUUACCGAUAAAGCAUGUACACAGUAUGUUGAAACCCUAAGUUGUGGUACACAAUUUUUAGAAAAGUUAACUGAAAACAGAUCACGCUUCGGAAGUAAAACAAAAGCCGAUCAACAUUCCGUAAAAGAACCUACAGAGAAUGGACCAAAUCUCUAUAUCAAUAUAAACAGGGGCUCAAACAUAUGUCGUAAAAUUGCUAAACGUUGGGCCAUAUCACGAUACCCAGUUCGCGGUCCUGAUUUUUAA